AAGACGCAGAAGUCUCUUAAGUAUGCGAAAAUGGAGAUGACUUUGAUGUCCGCAGUUGUACAGAGAAUCAAAUCACGACGACAAGUUCUAGUUCAAGUAUUAACAUCAAGAAAGAAAAAUGCCACCUCAAGGACCUUUAGCAGGUGCCUUGGAUUUCUUCAACGCCAUCAGUGAGGUCAUCGGCACUGAGGAGAACGCAGACGAAAAAGCGUCUAAAUGUUGCGACGCUUUCAAAGACGCCUGCCACGAAGCUGGACCAGAUGAAGAAAAAUUCCUCGAAGUUUUCAAAAAUUACGUCGAUGAAACAAGCUCUACUGCUACUUCUAAAUUUAGUCCCAGUUCUUCUACCCAUUCCACCUCGUAGUGGUCCUUGUUAGUUGUCUUCAACUAUCAUGAAAGGGAAAGAACCCUCUCCCUCUCCGUUGUCUACCUUCUUCUACCUCUAAGUGCCCGCCGAGCCAGGUUUGCAUGGGGUCAUGGUGUUACGGGAUGCGGCUCUGAAGUUCUAUCAGGGCAUAAAAGUCCUGGCCAACGCCAAGAUGGAAAGGGAUGGACAUCGAGAGGCAGUGAAGUUAGUGGAGACAAUAUGUAAUAUCUUCAAAGAAACUGGUACUGAAGCGGAGGAUGUAGAGACUUUUGUCAGGACCUUUGAGACCGAACUCGACGAACAAGUGGAUCUGCAACUGGCGUAGCUAGUUUUUAUCCGUAUGCAUGGUAGACAUAGACCUCCUAGAAGACGAUGACACAAGUUCACCACGACCCACUUCCGUACCGC